AUGGUACAAUAUACAGAAUUACGACAAUUUAGAACUGUGGAAUUAUCAUGUACUGGAUUAUUAUUUCAUCAUGCAAGACCUCAAGAUUUUGUAAAAUCUCAAUGGAUGUGUUUCACACCGAAAUAUUUCACAACAUAUCGUGUAUCUCUGGCAAUUCUUUUGUUGGUAUGGAUUAUAUACGAUAUUGUUAUAGAAACAAUCAAACAUUUCGAUCAUUCUGAAUAUAGUUGGAUCACAUAUGGUACAAAUUGGGCAUUUCUGAUACUUACCAUAUUUCAUAUAUCACUAGCUAUCUACUGCUUGAUUUACAACGUAAAAUAUUCUAACAAUGAGCCAAGAUAUUAUCAACCGAUAUGGUUUCUGUAUAAUUUAUCAUCAACAUGUAUACUUGUGGUUUCUAUCAUAUUUUGGUUUUCAUUGUCGACCAUUCCAUUGAAUGUAUUUGCAAGUUGGCAGAGUCGAGUUAAACAUUCAUUGACUUCAGUCUUGGUCGUAAUUGACACAUGCCUUUGUGCUAUUCCGAUGCGAAUGAUACAUGUCAUUUAUCCUUGCCUACUCGGUGUGAUAUAUAGUUUAUUCACAUAUUUGUUUUGGUUACUCGGUGGUACAGGUCCUUAUAAUAAAGGACAAAUUUAUCCUUCCAUUGACUGGAGUAAACCACAAUCAACAAUACUAGCCUGCUUUAGUGCUCUGAUGUCUGUUAUUUUAUGUCAUGCCACACUUUAUAUAAUCUAUUUCAUACGAGUGAAUAUAAGCGCUAAAUUAGGUGGUCGAGGUUUCAUGCUCGUUAAAGAAUCGAAGGAGCAACAGUGUUAUGACAAUGAUGAAUUUGAUUUGAGCGAAGAGAUCAGUGAGGAUGGCAAGCAAACUUUCCAGAUAAGGAAGAUAGAAAAUCCACAAACAAUGUAUCAAAAAUAUGGUACAAUUGAAUAG